AUGAGCACUCAUGGCAACCCUUUAAUGCAGCCUUCACAGCCACAACAACAACAACAGCCUCGACCUAUUCACCCAUUGAGCACACCCUUGACAUCACAUCAACAACAGUCUGCACCAAUAGAUAUCAUGAACUCACCUCUUGGAGGCGGAGGACCUGCCAUCAGUCCAUCCACCCAAUACACCGGAGGUGUAUCAUCACAGUCCACUGCAGCACAAGGUGGACUCGCAGGUGACGAACCAACCCUUCGCAAGUUAAUGAAAGUAGGCAACUGGAACAAUGUGUUCAAGGUGGCAGACAUGUGCAUUGCAAGCUCAAACAACCCUCAAUCAAUAUUGCAGUAUAAGCUGUGUCGUAUCAUCUCACAUACCAAGAUGAAGAACUAUAAGGCAGCUUAUGAUGAGAUACAGGGUAUUGGAGACAUUCGUGAUCUGGUCAACUGCUUUGAAGCCUAUCCACAGUUGUUCCCCAAUCGCAAGGGUACAAUGGUACCAUUCUCACUGCGUAUCAUAAAGGCCGAGUUGGCAUUCCUGCUUGGCGUCGAGAAGUACCAGUUGGAUGCACUCUACGCUCUGUUGGCCAUUUGCAAGCGAGAGAUAUUGAACUUGGAGCUACAACAGCAACAACAACAGCAGCAACAACAACAACAGAAACACCAUAAGGCUGUUCAGUCUGCUGAUAGUACUGUACCAUCGAUCGAGACACAACAGGUAUACCUGUCACAAUUGGACUCCAUGACGAAUGCAGCCACAACAGCCAAUGCCACGACAUCUCUGUUGACACCGACGUCAUCACCACCCCUCAACCCAGCCUCAUCAUCUCCACCAAGCAUCAACAACCUCAAUCUCAACGUUCCAGCUGAGGAGAUAUUCGAGAACAAUGCAUCAGGUGACAAUGACUCCAAUGCCAUAUCAAUAUGGAAGAUGAGAGAACGCAGGAUAGUAUUCUCAAUUGUAACAUUUAUCAUCAUCCAGAAGAAUAAGGACUUCCUUCUGGCCAUCAAGAUCCUGGAGGAUCUUAUCCAUCGCCAACAGGCAGACUACUGGACUCUUUCAGCUCUAGGACGCAUUCAUCUACAGAUGGGCAACAUAGCCAAUGGCGAGGCAGUGUUUAAGAUUGCCGACAGAUUGAUACCCGAGCCCGAUAUCUCCAUGGUGUCAUGGAUGAACAAGGGACUGCUAGCUGUGGCCAGCGAUCAGUAUCCACGAGCAAUCGAGUGUUUUGACCGCAUCCUAAAGUUGGAGCCAAACAAUGUCGUGGCAGCCAACAACAAAUGUAUUGCAAUGCUCUAUACUUGUGAUCUGAGUGGCGCCGUCGCCACCAUGGAGCAGCUGAUGCAGAAGGAGAAGGAUAAGUCAAUUGACGAGACACUUAUCUUCAACAUCUGCUCGCUAUACGAGUUGUCCAGCGAGCGCAGCAAUGAGAAGAAGAAGGCAAUCAUGGUCGAUGUUGCCAGGCGCGCACCAGACAACUUUGACUUCAAGGUGUUUAAGAUCACUCAGCCUCAGACUCAAUAA